AUGAAUGACACUAGACACCAGUCUCUGUUCUUUGUCAGUCUGCCUGAACUACAAAAACUCUGUGCCAUUACGGUAAGCCUGAGUUCCCAGUUGCCGGAAACCGAGAUAAGGAAUACACAGAUAAAGAUUUGCAGACAAUUAUUAUUUAUGCAUCAAGACAUCCUUUCUGCACCUGUCAUUGGAACACUAAAUCAAAUUUCAGUUGUAACAGCGAUUCCUUUCUACAAAACUGGAAUAUGUCAAGCAUAUAUAGAGAAACAAGGAGCUACUCUGGAAGCACCACAAAGAGUUAGUCCAACCAUUCUCCAAACCUGUCUCUCCUACACACUUAUAGCCAGACUUGCACCCAGAUGGAACAAGGCCGGUCAUCUCUUGGUGCAAGGGAAGGAUUUUUUGUCUCAUUCAGGAAGGCAAAAUGCUGUUGUUAUAGACCUCAAUGUAUCAGAGACACAGCUUUGCAUCAGUGUGGAGGCUUACUCAGUUCGGCUGCCACUACCUGAGCUGGGAGAGUUUGAUAUUUCAGAAAACAUCUUAAAGAUAUUUGACAGCAAUGAAAAUGCAAUUAUUCACAGGCAUUCCAUUUUGAGUAACUGGUGCUAUGUUCUGCCAAGCAUGAAAAUGGGUCAGAUCAUAAGCAUCAGCCACAUAAUUCCUCCAGAAUCUCCUUUUCAUUCAUAUAAAGACUUUCAGAUGCACUGGAAGAGUCUGUAUGGAUAUAUUCUUCCAGAGAAUACUGAAGAGACAAAAACAUACUGCAGUGUUUACUUCAAGCCAAUAGGAGAAAGAUUUUUUACGUACCCUUUAAGUUGCAUUAGAAGUCAACCAGUGCAGUAUUUCCCUAGAAUAGACUUAGAAAGUGUGUUGAACUCUUUUCUUUCUGACAUGAAGUCUAAUCUUUCAUAUCUAUGUGGAUUUCCAGUAAAGAUGACAAAUAAAGCACUUUAUGCUACGCAGGGACUCUCCAGAGCUCUAGAAAUAAAAUCGAAGCCUGUGAAACUGGCUGAUGAAGUGGUUUGUUCAGCAUCUCUAACCCAGGCUCCUCCAAGGAAAGAGACUUUACCUGCAAUUUCUUCAUCAUGCAGUAUGAAAAAAAGCCACUGGAUGGAGCAUUUGAUCAACAAGCCAAAAACACAUACUUCAAGUAGCAGUAAAGGUACAAGAAAGGUUAGCUCUGAAGCAGCACAGAUAUCAGUGAAUAACAGGCAAAUACCAGGAGUAUCUGACUUACCAAUUCACUCUCCAAAAUCUUUAGGAAGGCCUUGGAGUUCAGCCUUUGACUGCCAAAGAAAAAGUGUUAACAAAUUUAUACCUAUUUUCAAAGGAAAGUUGAUGCAAAUGAAUGGAAAAAGCACAAGACAAACUGAUGAGAAAAAAAGAGAAAAUUCUGGAAGACAUUCACCAAUAAAAAUUAUGGAUGCCUCAUCACCUAUGCUGACAGUGUGCAAGUCCAGCAUAAUUGAGGUUUACAAACCUGUUCAAAAUAUGUCAGUCAAAAAUCCUAUUCACGGCAGCGUACUUCAGAUAACAACAGAGAAAACAUACGUAAAACAUGGUAUAUCUGUAUCUCAGUGGAAAACAGAGUCUAGUGGACAAAUGACUAAUUCUGAAUAUUCUGAUAACUCUGCUUCAAGUGGAAAUUCAAGAGAAGUCAAUCUCAAUAAGACAAAUUCUCCUUCAUUACCUAAGAAUGCUAGGUCAGCACUUCAGAAAUCAAACGUCAAUGUGAAUUUGAAUGCAUGUGCAGCUCUUACUUCCAGUAGAAGAAGGAGGAAACAGUUUACAAGUCAAAACACCACACAAGUUCUUGAGAAACAAUACAAGUCAAAGAAAGUACAUUUGCAGGCUUGCAAAUUAGACAAUGAAAUGACAAAUUCUGGUUUAUCACUGCAACAGACAAAGAGAUUAAAUGAAGGAGCAGAGUUAAAUAUUCAUGAAUGCAUCUUACAUGAUACUGUGUGCAUAGCCAAAAAUGGAGAACAUCCAGAAUCAUGCCAUUCUGAGGACUGUAUCACUAAGACAACUACUCGACGUUCAAAGGUUAACAGUGAGCAGAUUUUUACAGGGAAUGAGCAUCUGACAUAUGAAUCACUGACCUCAAAACUGACUGACUUAAUGAAGGGCAGCAACAUGGAAGCAUCUGUAAAGAAAGAUUGUGCCAGAAGAAGGCAGAAAGAACAAGACUCUUCGAAGUUAAAGAAAGCCAAAAGAAGUAAGCCUUCUGUGUAG